UUUAUUAUAUUUUCCCAUCAAGUAGUACAAAAAAAAGCAUGUAUAUAUAUAUAUACAAUACUCCAAAAAGAGGGAGGGGGGAGACAGAAAAGACGACAUUCUUUUUUCUUUUCUUUUUCUUUCUUUCUUUAUGUAUUCCCCUCCUCAACAACAAGAAUAUACAGACCAUUUCAGCCAAGUAGGUACACCCCAUACCACAGUGGGUGCUGUUCCUGUAGCACGCAACAAUCGAUUGUUGAAUCCAAACUACCAUCACCAACGUCAAAAUUCGUUCGGUACUGUAGCCUCAGCCAUGACAAUGAGUCCUCCUUCACGUACGAUGUAUGAAAACAACUCACAAAACUGGUUUGGGACAAGUCUGGACUCAAAUGGCUCUUCUUUUGGUCAAUCGCCUGUGUUUAAUAACCAUAGAGAUAUCAUUGUUUCUCCUUCUACUUCUUCAAGUCAUCUGGAUAGUUUCACAAACAAUCAAGAAGACGAUGAAAAUCAACAAAGAAAUCUUCAGGAAAUGUUUGAGAAACGACGUCGGAGAAGGGAAUCACAUAAUGCAGUAGAGAGAAGAAGAAGAGAUAAUAUUAAUGAACGUAUUCAUGAACUGUGUACUCUUUUGCCUGAACGACUUUUAGAUACAGCACCUACAAGUUCAAAUGUGAUGGCUGUCUCCAGUGGCCAAGUAGGUACAAAUGGAAGAGCCAUUAAUAAAGGCACCAUUCUGAAACUCUCAGUGGAUCAUAUCAAGGAACUGCGUGAAGAAGUGCAUCAAUACCAAGAAAGAAUUAGAGAACUAGAGCGAAUGGUUGAAGCAGCCAAACAUGGCGAACGAAUACAAGAGGAGGACACACGUAUUGGAUCCAUACAGUUCAGGCAGCAAUUUAAUAACAUGCAGAUUCACACCUCUCAUGAGCCAUGAUGAUGCCCACUUUAAGUAACAUCGACCAAGUUUGUGACUUUUAUUUAGUACAUUUCUAAAAUAGUUAACAAAAGUGCAUCUAAAUAAACAUUUCAUUUCAAUUUUAUCCAACAGUGUUAUUAUUAUUAUUAU